AUGUCCGGCACACCCAGUGCAAACCCGUCUCGCUCCACAACUCCCUUUCACUUCAGAGAUGUCGUCUUAGACGUUAUCAAGCAUUUCAAGCAUGAAAAGGACUCCGAAGCGCACCAGAUCUUCCGUAGUUCUGCUGGCCACAACCCGAAGGCAGUCUUGCCGCAGACCAUCAACCCCGAUGAGGAAACCGUUCCCGGUAUACAACACCCGGGCUCUACCGGAGUCAUCUACUGCUCCGAUCGCGCCAUGGCCAAUGGUUUCAACUAUGCGAGCUCGCACGAGUGGGCUAACCUCGGUCAAGGGGCUCCAGAGGUCGGACCCAUCCCAGGCGCUACUGAGCGCCCAACAAAGGUGGAGUAUUCUUUAGAUGCAUUGGAGUAUGCUCCAACUACCGGCGUCAAAGCUCUCCGAGAUGCUGUCGCCAACCUCUAUAACCAUACGUAUCGUCAGGGAAAGGCCUCUCAGUAUACCUAUGAGAAUGUUUGUAUUGUACCAGGCGGGAGAGCUGGUCUCUCACGCGUCGCUGCCGUCAUCGGUGACGUCUACUGCUCUUACCAAGUCCCAGACUACACAGCCUAUGAUCAAGUACUUUCCGCCUUUAGAAGACUUGUCCCUGUGCCCACAGCACUGGAGCAUGAGAAUAUGUACCGCCUAGACAUACAACAAACUAAGAAAGACAUUCGUACUCAAGGUCUUGCUGUCCUAAUCGCCUCAAACCCAAGGAAUCCAACUGGCCAAGUCAUCGAAGGAAAAGACCUCAAAGAACUCGUGGCAUUGAGUCGAGAAGACACUACCACCUUGAUUCUUGACGAGUUCUAUUCUUGGUAUAUUUAUCAUGAUUCUGAGAAAGACCUCGGCAAGUCGGUGUCGUCCGCUGAAUACAUCGAGGAUGUUAACACGGAUUCCGUUGUCAUCAUUGAUGGACUUACUAAGAAUUGGCGCCUUCCUGGCUGGCGUGUCUGCUGGGUCGUUGGACCGAAAAACUUGGUUACCGCCCUGUCUCAAUCAGGAUCAUUCCUCGAUGGAGGCGCCAACCAUCCUCUUCAGCUUGCCGCCAUUCCCUUGCUCGACCCCGAACAUGUCCAAAAGGAAAAGAUUGCUCUCCAGCGCCAUUUCAAGGAGAAACGCGACCAUGUGCUCAAACGCCUGCAUGAGCUCCGCUUAGACGUCGAUGUCCCACCCGUCAGCACAUUCUACAUCUGGCUCAACCUCGAGAAGCUGCCUCCACCGCUGAACAACGGUUUAACCUUCUUCGAAGAGUUACUGAAGGAGAAGACGAUCGUCAUCCCUGGUAUCUUCUUCGACAUCAACCCUGCUCAUCGCAGGAACCUAUUUAGCUCGCCAUGCCACCACUUCGUGCGCCUCUCAUUCGGCCCGCCGAUAGAAGAUCUGGAUAAGGGUCUCGACGCUAUAGGCCGCGUUCUGCGCAAGGCCCGCAAGGAGGGUAUGCGGAGUUUCGGCCACAGCUACAAGAAGAGUAUCGAGAGCAUCGCAAGCUUGGAUGACCACGUGUAACUAGAUGUGACUGUACGAGAACGGGCUCCAUCCGGGGGCGAGAGUAACAUGGAGUUUAGAGAAGAAUCGUGUAGAUUUUUAGCAUAAACGAAAUUGACCCAAUCUACGAGGAUGUCUUUUAUUUCUCGAGUGAUUUCAAGAUUUGAGGUUAAAGGCGUGCCAUCAGUUUGAAAAAACAGGAUGUCAGUCUGACGCAUCACGGUCAGGAACGGCUUAUCAGAUAACUUGAAAGUGUCGAAUGGAAGAGUAUGAGAGAAGUACAGGUUCUUGUGCAAACCCUCAUGUCGUGAAAUCAAAUGGUGCAAACGCGGCCUUGAAGGCCUGUACAUCGGCCUUGUCUUCUUCUUCUGCCUGCACACAUGCC